AUCGGAAUAAAUCAGAACACACAGAAAAAGCCAGUUUUAACGAGAAGACGUUUUUCAUUUAAAGAAAAAUUAAAAAUAUUACAGCAACUAGAGAAUAACAGCAUGAUUACAGUUUGUAAAAACUUUCAUGUAAAUGAAUUCACUGUGCCAGAAAAUGGGAAAAAUAAAAUGUAUAGAAAGUAUUUCAAAAGAAAG